ACAUUUCAAUGUUUUAGAGGUCAAAUGAUUAAAUCUCUCGUAUAAUCACGCACCCAAAGCCCCAAGCCUUCCUCUCCAAUCCCAAUAUCCCAUCUCUCCGCCGGCGGCAGCCGAACCAACAACCCUAACAGCGUGACGACCAACAACCCUAACGCCCGCAUCCUGCUGCUUUUCUCUCGAUUUUCGAAGCCCAGCUAAACCCUAGCCCCCAACCAUGGCGUCGGAGGACGAAGCGAAUGCGGCGGCGGCGGUGGAGGCGGAGGGGAAGGAGUGGCGGCGGAAGGGGAAGCACGACAAGCCCAAGCCGUGGGACGAGGACCCCACCAUCGACCACUGGAAGAUCGAGAAGUUCGACCCCGCGUGGAACGAGAGCGGCAUGCUCGAAGUCAGCUCCUUCUCCACCCUCUUCCCCCAGUACCGAGAGAAGUACCUGCAGGAGGCGUGGCCGAUCGUGAAGGGCGCCUUGAAGGAGUUCGGGGUCUCGUGCGAGCUCAAUUUGGUGGAGGGAUCCAUGACGGUUUCCACCACCCGGAAGACCAGGGACCCCUACAUUAUUGUCAAGGCUAGGGACCUGAUAAAGCUAUUGUCGCGGAGCAUCCCUGCGCCUCAGGCAAUCAAAAUUCUCAAUGAUGAAAUGAGUUGCGAUAUUAUCAAGAUUGGUAGCCUUGUAAGAAAUAAGGAAAGGUUUGUUAAAAGGAGAGAACGCCUUUUAGGCCCUAAUUUAUCUACCCUUAAGGCCAUUGAGAUUUUGACUGGCUGCUAUAUAUUAGUGCAGGGAAACACGGUCGCAGCCAUGGGUUCCUUUAAGGGACUGAAACAAGUUCGAAGGAUUGUAGAGGAUUGCAUAAAGAACGUAAAGCAUCCAGUGUACCACAUCAAGGAACUCCUAAUCAAACGUGAGCUGGCUAAAAAUCCUGCUCUAGCCACUGAAAGCUGGGAUAGGUUUCUCCCGAAUUUCAAGAAGAAGAAUGUCAAGCAGAAGAAGCCUCAAACUAAGGAGAAGAAGCCAUACACACCCUUUCCGCCGCCUCAACCACCUAGCAAGAUCGAUCUUGAACUUGAGAGUGGUGAGUAUUUCAUGAGUGACAAAAAGAAAUCAGCAAAGAAAUGGCAAGAGAAGCUGGAGAAGCAAGCAGGGAAAGCUGAAGAAAACAAAAGAAAGAGAGAGGCUGCAUUUGUUCCUCCAAAGGAGAACACUGCAGGCCCGUCUGAAUCUGACAAGACUACCAAUGCCAAUAAUGAGAUAGCCGAUAUAGCCAAGUCCUUGAAGAAAAAGGCAAAAGAAUUCAGAAAGAAUGAGGCACAGGAAAAUGUCAGAGUUGAAUCGUAUCUCGCAAGUACUGAAGAAACGCUUCCAAAAAAGAAGCACAAAUCAACCAAGUCCAAGUAGCUGUAAUCUGAAUGCAUCAUGACAGUGACUUCAUGAGUAAAUCUUCAUCAAAGCCAUUGCCAUAACUAGGCCAUUCAUACCCUUAUCCCGUUACAGUGCAAGAGUUGCAAUUGAAGAUGAUAGAACAAACAAUCUGAACCUUUUGUUGGUCUGCUCUUAUUUGCUCUUGAUGCAAAAGUUGCUCUGCGCGGUUUGUAGUAUUUUCGUGGCCAACUGCCACAAUGUGAUGAACAUGAAAAAGUUUGAGUCAUUCGAUCUUGUAGUUCAAAGACAAAGAUGAUAAUCUGGUUAAGCUUA